AUGAAAGAAGCUGUAAAAUUUCCAGAGAUUAGUAGCAGAAAAAAUUCAUCAAUAACUUCAACUCAAUAAUAAUUUGCUGCUAUUAUUUAGUUACAGCAAAAUCAAACUUAGCAAUAUUCUAACACUAUUAUAAAUAGCAAAUCUAGCAAUAUAGGGGAACAAAAAGAAUAAAUGAAUACUUCAACUAAUACCACAGUAGAUCUCAAGUACGACUAAUCAUAAGUCUAUUAAUGGGAAGAAAAUUAAAAAAAAAAGUCCUCUAAUUUUCACAAUAUCAGCUAUAUCAAAAGUUAUAAUGACUCUGAGCCUGAAAGACCCAAGCAAUUAUUUGUGCAAAGAACUCAUGUAGAUGGAAAAGUUGUAGGAGAAUAAUUAAUUUAACAGAAAGGUGAAAAUUAUUAGGGCUAACAAGAAAAUAUGAAUGAAUAAAAGUAUUAGAAUAAUAACAAUAAACAUUAAUAAAAUUAAGGAAACUCUUUCAAAAAUUAGAAUACUUUGUAAUCUAUUUCAGAUAAAUACAAGGUGAUAAAAGAGGAUGGAAGUGAUUAGGAAAAUCAAAUCAACAGAAUUACUCAAAGCAAUAUAUAAAUUAACUAUAAAAACAUACAAAAUAAUCCACUGUAGGCAAUUAAUAAAAACUAAGAAGAAAAAUAAAAAAUAUCGCUAGUUCAUAAAGGUAACAACAACCAAUAGCAGUUAGUUGUAGAGAGUAGUUAAAAUAAAUAAAAAACAGUAUCAAAUGCAAAUGGAAAUUACAUUAUUUUAAAUUAAGGAAAUCAGAAUUACAAUAUGCAAUAAAAUUAUAAUUAGAAUAAUCAAACUGAUUUUUACAAUCAAAAUAAUUAAGCAUAUGUGAUUGAUUAAGAUUAAUAAGAGGAAGAUGAGGAGGGAGUAGAAGGAGAAUAAGAUGAUGAGAUAUAUGAUGAAGAUGAAAAUGAUGAUGAGGAGAAUGAGGAUGGAGGUGAUGAUGAUGACGAUGAAGAAGGUGACGAUGAUGAAGAUUAUGAUGACGAAAAUGAGGAUUAAGAAUACCCUUUUUUAGUAUUGAAAGACAUUAUAAAUUUAAAAAGAUAAAUAAAGCCACAAAAAAAGAUUAUAAUAGAUUUAUCUUUUACAAGAUAUGAUGUAAUCAGAGAUGUGUGUGAAGAAGUUUUUUGUUGGCAAAUAUAAGCUAAUGCUAAUAAUAGGACAGAUUAUAACAUUUAAUGGAUUGAUAGUUAUAUCCAUGAAGAUGAUUUUAGGAGAAUGCUACCAUUUCAAAAAGUUAAUCACUUUCCUGGCAGUUAAUAACUUGGUAAAAAGAAUCUGCUGGGUUAGAAUCUUCUGAAGAUGAGAAAUAUUUUCCCUUAAAAUUAUAAUUUUUAUCCAAUCACUUGGGUUUUACCUUUAUAAUAUGAAGAUUUAAAAAUGUAUCACUACUAGAACAUAAAAAGAAAACCUUAUUAUAUUGUAAAACCAGAAGCUUCAUGCUAAGGAAGAGGAAUAUAUCUCACAAGCAGGAUAGAUUAGUUGUAGUCAACUGAACAUUAUGUAGUUUAGGAGUAUAUAAAAAAUCCUUAUUUGAUUGAUAACUUAAAAUUCGACCUCAGACUCUAUGUGCUAAUUAAAAGCGUUUCUCCUCUGAAAAUUUUCCUUUAUUAAGAUGGGUUAGCAAGGUUUGCCACUGUGCCUUAUAAGCAGCCAAAUAAACACAAUAUAACAAACUUAAUGAUGCACCUUACAAAUUAUGCUUUGAAUAAGAAAAGUCCUGACUUCAUAUAAAAUGAAGACAGUGAAGAAGACGAUAUAGGACACAAGAGGAGUUUUUCUUCUAUUUUAAAACAUCUGCAUGAUUAAGGUCAUGAUGUCCAAACACUUUUAAUGGAAAUUCGAUAAAUUAUAGUGAAAACAAUAAUCUCAGCCUAACCAUAAAUGAGUCACAUUUAUCGGACUUGCUAGCCAAAAAAUGAGAUGAAUGAAAUGUGUUUUGAAGUUUUAGGAUUUGAUAUCAUGCUAGAUGAAGAUUUAAAGCCUUAUCUUAUUGAAGUAAAUCAUACUCCUUCUUUUUGGACUGAUUCUCCACUAGACUUGUAAGUGAAGAAAAACCUAAUAAUUGAUACUCUAAACAUAGUAAAUGUAACAAAUCAGACUAAGAGAAAGUAUUUUGAAAUGAGGGUUUAAUAGCAAAUAGCUUCACGAUCACUGUUUAGAAAGAAAUAUGGACCUGCUUUGAACACAGGACAGGAAGAAUUUGAUGAAGAAUUAAUUUAAUAAGAAUUUUAUGAGUGGGAGGAAGACAAUAUGGGAGCAUAUAUGAGAAUAUAUCCCUCAAGUGAUGAUCCAUUAAAUUACACUCAAUUUUUAUAAGCUUCUGGAAGUACUCUUUCUGAUUAACUUUAAAGAAAGAAGAGAUUUGGAAAUAACACUGAAGUAGUAAAUGGUAAUGGGAAUGUAUUUUAAAAUUAAUAACAGAAUUAACAAGCUUAAUAGUAAAUAAAUAUGAUUUAAUCUCAAAAUAAUAAUGCAGUUUAUCCUUAUAACUAUCAAAAUACAAUUGGCUCUUAAAGAAAUCAGGGUGAAUAUCAGUAAGUUUAUUCUCAUGAGUAAAUGCUAAAUGAAUAAUCUCCUUAAAGACCUCUUAAAUUGAAACCUGUUUAGGCUAACUCUCACCAAAAGACAAACCCCGGAUAAGGGAAUAUUAAUAAUAUAAUGUAAGGGAAUAUUAAUAUAAUGUAAGGUAAUAUUUCUACUGAAUCGAGUAAUUUUACACCUAUCCAUGUGUAGCAGCCUCAUUAAUAAGCUGGAUUAGCUUUUUAGCAGCUUUAAUAGUAAUACCAAAAUAUGAAUCAAAAUGUAUAUUUACCAACAGGAAAUUACCCUAAUAACCAGUAUAGAAAUUUAAAUGUACUACCAUAGUGCACAAAUGUAACUCCAGGUAAGCUAAGAGUUUCCCUAAAAGGGAAUACAGUGAAUGCUUCAGGAGUUUAAGCAAAUAAUAUUUCAAACUACCAAAUAACAGGAAGCGGAUAUUCAAACUUAUCUGGUAAGAAAUAGUUUAACAACAGAGCUGAAGCUUCACCUUUUCAGGCAAAUAACUAAACUCAGUAAAAUUAAUAAUAAUUCACUUAUCUUGAUGAACUGGAAGGCAUAACAAACUUUACUUAUGCAGAACCAACAAAACCAUUGAUAAUAAAUAUGGAAAGCCCCACUCAAAUAGUAAAAGGAAAGAAAUCUGAAACAGGACCUACUAUUUUCUAACAGAAAUCAUUAAUCAUAAACUAAUAACCUAAGAAUAUAAAUGGCUUAAAGUUACUUCCAGUAGAUUAGACUAAAAACGCAAAUCAAAAUUACAAUAAUAACUCUAUGAAUUAAGGCACCAUAAAAAAGGAAUCCUCAGAUCCAAGGAAAAACAGGAUUGCAAGUAGUUAAAGUUUUCAUCAAAGCAGUGCUAAUCACACAUUAAGUAGCACAAAUCAAAGCAAUUCACAUAACGCAAACAAUUCAAUGAGCACAGUUUAAAAUGAAAAAGUUAAUGAGUUUGAUAAAAAUAAAAAAUCCCUAAUUAAUACAUCUAUUUUAGAUAUCUCUCAAAUGAGCUAAAUGACAACAUCAGGUAAAACACCUUAAAUAAAUUCAACCCUCAAAAAUUAAAACAGCAACACAUCCUUCAAAAAAAGAGAGCAACAAGCUUAAACAAAUUCUAGUAAAGAUGAAGAACUAGACGAUUAUCAAUAUAAAAAAUCUUUAAAAAAUUUAUAGUAGCAGUAGUAAAGCUCAAGAGCAGGUUAGCUUAAAUCUAACAAUGAUAAUAAAAAUCUUAACAAUAGCUUUAAUGUAAUUAGUAAUAGUUAGUAGAUCAAUGGAGGAACUCACCACAGAGCAAUCAGUUUAGUAUCUGAGAAGAAUAAUUAGCAGAUCUAAAAGUAAUUGCAAGAAGAUAUGUAUCCUCAUAAUAUAAAUUAAAACCUAAAACGAUUAAAUUCCUCUCUUCAAAACUAAAAUGGGGAUUAAAAAUAGAACGGUACUUAAUAAUACGUUGGAAAGGUAGAGGAGAAUAUUUAUUUUCCGUUUGGUUCUCCUUAAACAACAAAUAACAAUAAAAUCAGAAAUAAAUCUGGCGUAAACCCAGUUAUGGUAGCUGCAUAUUCAAAUACUCACAAUACAAGCAAUUAACAUAACAAUAGUUUUAAAUAAAAUAGCAACACUCACUAGCAUAAUACUGGUCCUACACCAGUAAUUCUCCCAAAUGUAGUAAUUAAUAAUUAAAGUAAUAUAAAUUAGUCUAAAAAGAUAGAAGGAAUUAACAACGUGAUAGUCCCAAAAUAAAUAGAAGAAAAUGAUAUAAAAUUACCGAAAUAGAAACCUAAGCAUGAGUGA